GAUCACAUGUGUCUUUUCCUCUUCAGUCUUCGUCGAUCCAACAUAUCUCUCUUCAGUCCAGAAUACUCAAUAUAUAUUCAGAUUGAAGAAGUAUGAGGUACAGACAACCUCCCUCCCCUCCCCGGCCUCCGUGCUCAGGGACACCUCAACCUCUGGUCCAGAACCCUUGGAGGAAGUCUUCAUCGACCUCCUCGAGCUCAUCCUUAACCAGAUCAUCAUCAUCUUCAUCAUUGUUCUCAACCUUAGUAUUCACAAUCCUGAUUCUCAUCCCCAGCAUAUCUGCAGGUCCAAUUGGAGACACAGUGGAUGUAAACUUUUGUUUAAAAUCCUGCUCUUCGUCCUCUUUCUGGAGAUAUAAACCAGGAACUACUUACAGCUACGAGUACUCUGUGAGGUCUGUGACUGGUAUGAGAGGAACCUCAGAUCAAGAAUCUGUAUUUAGUUUCAAGUCUAGAAUUCAGAUUGGAGUCAGUUCACCUUGUAACUUUGUACUCCAGAUUAGUUCUGUUGAGCUCCUGGAAUCUCCAGACAAUGCCCAGUCCGAGCUCCUGGAGCAGGCACUAACAGGAUCCAACCUAGAGUUUGGGUUUGAGCAGGGGAAGGUUCGGAGUGUGUGUCACAGUAACUCCGAUCCCAUCUGGGUUCUCAAUAUAAAGAAGGGAAUACUCUCAGCCUUUCAACAAUCUGUUUCCAACCCUACUCUCAGGGAAAGUAUAGUUGAGAAGGAUAUAGUGGGAGAAUGUGAAACUGAAUAUUCACCGGUUGGAGUCAACUGGGGCAAGCAAACCUUCAGGAAGGUGAAGGAUAUGAGUAGCUGUACUAAGAACCAGGUUCUAUAUCAAUAUGCUCUCAACCUACCAGAUAUUAAUAUACAGCAUCUACCUCUUCUCAAAUCAUCUCAUGAAUGUGAAGUGUCCAUGACUGAUGGAAGACUUGAAAAUGUUCACUGCACUGAGGAACAUCUUUUUAAACCAUUCAGUAAUGGUGAAAAUGGAGCUUCAAGCGCAAUCACACAAACACUAACUCAUCUAGGAGAGGAGGAGAAAAAAUUACCAUCAUCUAAUUUUCAGUUUAAAACAGAUCUUAGUUUCAUCCAUGACCACCAAAGAGCUGAUGGGAAUGCGGAUGAAGAUCAUGUUAAACAACUUCUCGAGAGUUUUACAAAAGUCCAGGAAUCCCAAAUUCCAACCCUGUUCAACAAUGUUGUUUAUUCUCUGAGAAAUCUCAAGCAUUCUCAGCUCAUUAAAACCUUUAGAGAAAUCCAGGAUGAUAGGGUUAAAAGUUUCUUUCUUGAUGCUCUUCCUAUCCUGAAAACCGACGCAGGAGUCAGUCUCAUGAGGGAUGUUAUAAAGAGUGGGGUUCUUCCCUCCAAAACCAUUGAUGGAUGGUUUUCAUCUUUGGCUUUUUACAAGAAUCCAACAAGAGCCAUGAUAUCUACUCUCUCUACACUUCUAGAUGAUCCUAGACAGUCUUCUAUCCUAGGAAUAUCAUCCCUUGUCAGCACAUUCUGUUUUAACAAAGAAAACUGUAAAGAACAACCUGAGGUUCAUGAAGUUCUCAGAAUUCUAGAAUCUAUGCUUGGUGACUCCUGUACUACAGCUACUGUCGAGGAUGAGGAUAAGAUUGUGCUUGUUCUGAAAGGAAUCCGAAACUUGCAAAUAAUUGAUUCUUCUGGAGAAAACUCAUUGAGGAAAUGCUACCAAAAAAAAUCGAACAGUGUCUGGGUGAGACUAGCAGCCCUUGAAGCUACCAGGAAGAUGUCUUGCAACUUUGUUCAGCAAGAUUUUGGUCUUCUCAGAACAUUUAAAGAUCGACAAGAGGAUUCAGAAAUCAGGAUUGGAGCGUAUUUAGCACUCUUUGACUGUCCUUCAGAACCAUCUGUUGAGAAUAUCAGAAGUUUGCUGAAAGAUGAACCUGUUAAUCAGGUUGGAUCAUUUAUAUGGACACAUUUGACAAACCUUCAAGAAACAAAGAGCAAGGAUGAUUGGAAAACUUAUCUGAAGUAUAUGGUUGGAAAUGAAGAGUUGAAAAACAAAUGGAACACUGAUCCUAGAAAGUUUUCAAGAAAUCUUGAGCUUUCCUACUUUGCUAAUGAUUUAAGAGUUGGAGCUACAAUUGACAGUAACAUUAUAUUCUCGGAGAAAAGUUAUAUUCCUAGAUCUGGAAUGGUUAAUCUUACAGCAAACAUAUUUGGAGAAAACAUCAAUAUUGUCGAGUUUGGGGGAAGAAUGGAGGGAUUUGAAGAUGUGGUUGAACAGGUUUUUGGACCUGAAGGAUACUUUAGAGAAGACACAAUUCAUAAAUUUGUAAAAAGUCUCAGAACUAAGAGAGAUAUCAAUGAGAACAGCUUAAUGGGUGUAAGACAACUUUUUGGUCCUGAUGCAAGAAUAGAAGAACCAAGAGGAAACUUGUACAUGAGACUUUUUGGAAAGGAUUUAUAUUACAAUUCCUUCAAUGGACUAUCUUCUCUCAGAAACAACUUGAUAUCUCCGCUGAACUAUCUUGGACUUAAGAUGGGUGAGAACAACGUUGAUAUUUCCAAAUCCAGUAUGUUUCUGGAUGGUUGUAUUAUAGUUCCUACAGUUGCUGGAGUACCUCUAAACCUGACAGUAAACGGUACAAGUACAGUAAGGUUGAUUACAGAGACAAAACUGGAUUUUAAAUCUAUAUUUCAAACUGGUAAAGGAUUGAUGCAAGCUAAGAUUUAUCCCACAGCAACCCUUGAAAUAUCUGGAUUGAUGACUGUUGAUGCAUUUAUUGUAAAAACAGGUCUGAAGUCAGUAACUAAGCUACACUCUUCAGCAUAUGCUGAUAUUUUUAUAGAUAUUGAACAAGGAAGACUGGCCAAAGUUCAUGUUAACUUGCCAACAGAUAAAACUGAGAUUAUCAAGGCAUCUGCAGAGUUUUUCUACUACACGUCAGGAGGAUUUAAGCAACUAGAAACAGUUCAUCAAAAGGAGUCUUUGGACGUCUGUACCCCUAAAAUGGUGAGUGAUGUUUUAGGCCUUGAGUUUUGUUCAGUAGGGACAUAUUUUCAUGGAAAUAAUAACUUUGACCCUUCUUGGUAUUUCACUGGUCCAGCCAGUUUGGAGUUGUUUAUGAAGAAAACUGAUAAGUUUGACAAAAUUACCUUUGAUUACUCAUGGAAUACAGACAAUUCUAGACCACACAAAGGAAUAAUGGAGGAUUUAAAGGUUAUUCUGGAUACUCCGGGUUCUACAUUGAACAGAAAAUCCUAUCUCCAGAUUAAGUUUGACAACAAAGGGAAUUUCUACCUUGUAGAUCUAAACUUACCUCUAAGAAAAACAAGACUAGAGCUUAGAUACGAGUGGGCAACUCAGAAGAAAAUCAUCGUGGGAUCCUUAAUAUCUGAUGGAUCUGAAAUCCUAACAAUAUCCAACCAGUUCGCUUCAUAUCCACAAAAGUACGAAGCUUUUACCAAAAUGGUUUACAUGGAUGUAUCUAUCAUCGACUGGCAGGGAGUAAUGUACACACUGCAAGACAAACAAAGCUUAGAUGCAACUUUAAAGGGAUACUUCCAUGAUCCAGUUGAAUUAAAGGGAGACUAUUCCAAAGUUAAUGAGUUCAUUAAAUUUGCAUCAUCCAUAGAAUCCAGUCAUAUUAAAGUUAACUUCAAAAGUAACUCUCAGCUUACAGAUAAUCAGCUGAAAACUGAUGCUGUUGUUGACUAUGAUUUUAAAGGCUAUCAGGCAGGAACAAUUGAUGUAAAAGGAAAAUAUUUCUUCUCACAACAGGGACUUCUUAGUAAGAAGAAAGUGGCAUUAUCCAUCAAGCCAAACCAGUAUCCAGAUACAAACACUGAUAUUAGCUGGGAGAUCCUCUCCAGUGAGAACUAUUUGGAGAAUGAUGCUGAGAUUAAGGUGGGGGAUAAAGAGUGGAAGAUAUAUCAACAAAUAAAUGCUCAAGCAAGUAUGGAGGAACAAGAGUUAGUGAUUAAGAUGAAUAUAUCCUCAAAAACUGAAGAUGUCAACUAUGCUCUAGAUUUUCAGCACAAAUUAAAGGAGACCAAGAGUUAUAACAAGGCCAGCAUAAGACUUUCUAAGAAUUUUUGGAUUGAAAUGUACUCUCAACAUACUGAGAUUACUCUUCCAUAUAGCUUUACUGCUGGAGCUGGUAUAUCAUAUCCUGGUCGUGAAGUUAAACUUGGUUUCAAUGUGUCAGAACCAAUUCCCCAUGCUAAAGAAUACAAUGGAGGCUUAUACUUUCAAUGGAACAAAGGAUUGGAGGCCAGAACUACAUUUUCCUUUGCCAGAGGAAAUUCAGAUGUGAUCAACUAUAACUUUAGGUCAUUGACUGAAAUCCAUGGAUUUGACAGUAUUAACUUGAAUGGAAAUCUUAUACUGGAUUCUAGUGGGUCAAAUGCUGAUAUGAAAUGGAAGUUUGGAGAAAAAGAGUAUGGAGCUGUGGUUAUGUAUACACCUGGAGAUGAGAAAAAGUUAACCGGUGUUGUAACAAUGAACCAGGUUGAAUACACUGGGGAGAUUGUUCUAAAAGAUAAUUUUGAAGAGAAAAUGGUAAUUGCUAACCUAAAGGCUGAAAAGCACAUUCACAUUACAGCCUAUAUGACCUCUGCCUAUGAUGAUCUAGCAGUAGAGUUCUAUUGGGACAAGGAUAAGGACGACUCUAAAUCAUUAAUUCUUAAAAGCAAAAUUAGCAAUAGAAGUGUUAUUGCAGAGGUAAAUUUUCUUGGAAAAGGAGGAAAGCUAACAGCAAGCUACACCCCUUCAUCAGUACUGGGUAAAAUUGAUUGGGGCAAGUACAAUGGAGAGAUAGAGGGAAAAUUUCUUCUUUCUUCCAGUGAAAUCAACUUAUUGGCAUCUGUGAAAUCAUCUUUUCAUCUUCUGGAAGAUGUAAGAUUUCACACUAAGCUUCUGUCAGAUAAUGAUCAAGAGGGAAGAAUAUUUGAAUCUAAGAUGGAGUUAAAACUAAAUGAGUAUCAUCAUAUGGGAGAGAUAAAUUUUAAAAGACAGUUGAAUAAGUUUGAAGGUAAGCUGGAGACAAUCUCUUCCUAUAAACCAUUUGACAAUAUACUUGUCAACAUUGAUCAUAGUCUAGAAGCUGGUCAACUUCAAACCAUUAUUAACCUCAAAUACAAUGAGCAUUUUGUUGCAUUAGAACUGAUGCAUUCUGGAAACAAAGAUUUACAAAAUGUCUCUGGUAAGCACAAAAUUGAAUCUUCAUUUAGCCAGAUUAAACUCUUUGAAGUUCAAUAUGAUGUCAAGCUAGUAGAAAGCAGUUUAACUGUAUCUGCACAGGCCUAUUUAAAUAAUUCUCAUAAAGCUAAACUUACUGCCAGUGGAUCAGUUACAUCUUCAAACCAUGAUAUCAAAUUUGAAAUUGAGCACAGUCUUGGAAAAUACACAAAUAUAAAUGGAGAGUUUCAAUAUUUGAUUUCGCCGGAAAAGAUCAGUACAGAGGCAAAAAUGGAAUCUGAGGGAUCUAAAUUGAUGAGCUCAAUAAAAUUGGAUAAGUCAGAAACUUCCAUGAAUACUGAUUUCAGAGUUGAGAUAGAAAGCUUGAAACCAUUCAGUUUUUGGUUUAAAUAUUCCACUGGUCUAGAUGGGAAAGUUUUCCAGUCUGAAGUUAUGUAUGAGAAUAUUCAGAUGUUCGCAACCAAUUUCAAAGCAUUGUUUGAAAGUAGGAACAACAUCAAAUUUACCUCUGCUAUGAAGAUUCUGUCAAGAAAGAUGUCUCUAAACUUUGAAAAUUCUAAAAAUGAAACAUCUUUUUAUUAUGAUGUAGCAUCUGGAAGUACUAUUACUACAAGAAUAAAAACAGAAUUAAAGAAAGAAAUAAAAGGUGAAUUCAAGUCAUCAGUAGUUUUACUCGAGAUUGACUCUCCGAAUGAAACAUUUAAUGAUAUAAAAAUAGUUACAAAGUGGAAGGAAUCGGAUGGAAAAUAUGCACUACAAACUGAAAUGAAAUAUAAAGUUUUCUUAACAAAAAUAGAAAUGAAGUUUAAGAGUAAGAAUGAAGAAUUCAAACACUAUCUCAAUGUUUCAACAAAUAUUCUCUCUGAGUCUCUAGCUGUUACCCUGGAGAGGGAGAGUACACUCAACUCUCAUGCAAUUUCCAUGAAAAGUGUUUACGGAGAGAAAUUGAUAAAUUUCCAUGGCAACCUCUCUUCAGAAUCAGAGGUUAAAACAAUAUUUUCUUCAAACAUUACUGGUACUUGGGGUAAUGUAGAUUUAAACGGAUCUUUGGAUCUAGCUGAACAAAAGAAAACAGUAAACCUUUUCUUUCAAGAUAGAAACAGAGAAGUUUUCCAACUGAAGGCAGAAUUAGAAUUAGGAGAAGACUCAUUUAUUACCCUGACAGAAAUUAAUACUCCAUUCACUGAUAGACUCACAGUAAGCGGAGAAUUUCAAAUCUUAAGUGGAUACAAAUUGCUCAUUAAGAUUGAUCAACCAUCCUUUACAUAUGCUGACUUGCAAGUCAGUUUAAAGAAAAACACAAGAUCUAUAAAUGUCAUAGCAAAUGUGGACUUUAAAAAUCUGAUUGACUUUCCUAAAGUUGAUUUAAACGGUCAUGUAGAAUUAAAAGAGGAAAUUACAGGAGUUUGGCGUGAAAAAGAAAUCAGUAACAUUAAUUCUAAGUUCUCUCUCAAUCUUGAUGGUGAAAGAUAUCUAUUAAUGAAAUUUAUUGGUGGUAAAACAGAAUAUGGAUUAAAUGGAGAGCUUGAACUCAGCACUGAAUUAGCUGGAAUUCAGGAUAUAAAAGCUGAUUUAGACAUGGAUCUCUUUGGAGUUGAAAGUAAGCAUGCAGAAUUCAAAAUAGGGAUUAAUGAAGAUCUGUAUUCUGUUCGUCUUCAACAAGAAACAUUACAAUCUAAAUCUCAAAUUUCUUCAAAGAUUACAACACCUAUUCAAAACCUCACAUCUUUAGGCUUUGAUGCAUCAUUUGAUAACUCAAUGGAAAGCAUUGAAAUAAAAUUACACUGGGAAACAGACCAUAUUAUCUUAAGAGGUGAUUUUAAAGUUACUAAUUCUGGUGCUAGUAUGGCUGCCAAGUUGGAGAGUUCAAUGCAUAGUUGGAAAGAAAUUGAAGUAUCCUGUAAAAUGAACUUGAAUGAGGAGGUGAAAGAACUUGAAAUUAUUGGUGGAAGUGCAGACAACUCGCAAACUGUCAAGAUUGUAAUUGCGGCUGGUGAGACUACUGGUUCUGCAGAAGUGAACAUAGAGCUGCCAUUUAUUGGUAUUGUUGGUAAGAACUUUUUGGGGUCAUACCAUCUAACGGAUGCCAAGUAUGAGGUAGAAGGAAAUUUUAAUGGUGAUCUAAUGGCAUUGCAGAUUUUAAUGAAUGACCCUGUUUACAGCUUUAGUCUUCAAACUUCAGUUCCAGGCUUUCAGCAAGUAGAAGGAAAUCUGGUGUUCAAAUCUUCUCAAGAAUCUAUUGAACUUACAUCAGAUAUUACCGUAGACUCUGUGACUAACUCUGCAUUAUUUCGUUAUUCUUUUAAAGACAUAGAUAUUGAAAUGGCACUGAACUCUAAUUUUUCACAACUGAAGAUAUUCAAGGUUACAGCUGCAUUUCAACCAAAUCUUAAAAAGUUUUCUGGAAUGUACAACCACCAUAAUAUUGAAUCCUUGUUACAACAUGAUUCAAAUAUGAGUGAAGUGAAAUUAAACUUAUCUGGAAAGAUAUCUACCCUAACUACUGAUAUCAAGAUCUUGUAUAAAAAUUUAAAUGAAAAAUCUAAAGUUUUUGUUAGCUCAACUUUCAAUAAUACAUUCUCUUCUAUUGAAAUUAAUUUUUAUGGCACUUCAAUAGAAGUAGUUUCUGUGAUACCAAAGAUCGGUAAAUCAAGUGUUCAAGUUUCAUGGAAGAACGGAGAAUACCUGAUAAACUUUGAAAACAAUAGUUUGACCUACUUCAGAGGAAGCUUGGAAUGGAACUUUAUUAACUUUUGGACUGGUGAUUUCAAGAUUGAAAUAAAUACACUUUUUGACUAUGUCAAAACUUUCUCACUGAACACAAGCUAUGACUUAGGAAAAGUUCCAGAUAAAGCAAUAGUUCUAAAAAUAAAUUACAAUGGAAUGUAUAUGGACUCAGACCUCAAGUUUAAAGCCACUCAUGAUACAUUUGAUGGAAAAAUGUAUUUCAAAAGUAGUUUAGAUAAUUGGGAGGAAGCAAUAAUUAAAGCUGCUUAUAGUAUAGAUGCAGAACCUGAUGUCAAAAUAUCAAUCUUGAGAAAUGAAGUUACUGAGGAAAUAUUUGUAAAAAUCACCAUUGAUGGUUAUAUUCCUACCAUUGACAUCAAAACACCUUUUGUUGGAUUUGAAUCUAUGAAACUAAGUGGAACUUUCACUACUAACAAAAAUGUUUUUAUUCAGUUUGAGAAAAAUCAGGAUAAAUUGUUCACCUUAGAUGUUGACUUUACCAUAUCUACUGACUGGAAAAAAAUUGAGGUUACAUCAAAAAUUUCAAUUCUAGGAGUUCUGAAAGAAGAUAUGAACUUUAAUAUGAAACUGGAAAAAAAUAAACAACUUGCUGCUACCUUAAUUCAAGGCAUGGUUACUUAUGGAGUUGAUGUAAAUAUUUCAUUACCUGAAAAAGCAUUUAAAAUCAAGAUUAUUUUACCAUCAGAUGAUAUAGAGAUCGCUGGACAGUUUGGAAGUACAGAAUUUAUUGCAACAUACUCAGUUGGAUUACCAAGAAAGAAAAGAGAAGUAUUACUUGGAUACAAAAAUGAGGAUGAUGUUAUGCAAAUUAGUUUACAAGCUCCAAUCAGUGAAUGGAAGGGAGUUAGGUUAGCUGCAGGAUACCAGGCUGAUGCAAAAGCAGCAAAUUUUAACUUUGAAACUCAUGGAGAUAACAAUGAUUUUGCCUUUGGCCUCAAAUAUGACUUUUCUGAAUAUUUAACAACUGGAAAUCUUUUUGGAAAACUGGUCUACCCAAAAUUCAAUAUUGAUUACAAUGCCAAGCUUCAGUACGAUGAUGUAGAUGGAAACUUUAAAAAUGGGUUUCAUGGAAAAUUCAAUUUUGAAAGUUUUGGUGUCAAUCUGAUAUCUGGAGAGAUACAAAGAAGCAUUGGAAGAACACUGGUAAGUGUGACUACACCAUUUGAAGGAUGGAAAUCAGUUGAUUUAAGCUUGGUAUCUGAUUGGGCCUCUGUCAUAACAUUAGAACUAAAGCGUGAUGGUAGAUUAUCAAAAAUGAAUGUGGAACGAAAAAACAACAGCUUGUUUAAACUGAAUAUAUUGACUCCUUAUCCUGGAUAUGAGAAAAUUGAUGCCAAACUAGAAAUUCCAUCUGGCAAACCUAUUCUUAUAGAAAUUAUUAGAAAUGAUGAAGUUAUCACAAACAUUUUAUUUGAUAAUUUAGUUGAUCAUCGGAUUAAAAUCAGGUGGGAAGCUCUCAACAAAACAUUUAUCAACAUUGAAUUAAGUCUUGAGAAACAAAACGAAAAAAGCUUGGAAAUAAAAACUUCCUUUGAAAAGAUUAAGUAUUUCAAAAUUUUCAUAGCUCAUGAAGCAGUAAACACUACUAAAAACACUGAAUUAAAAGUUGAACUCAAUGAUAUAUUUUACCAUUAUAAAACUAGCACAAAUAUAUCUAGUAAACAAAUUGAUUCAAGAAGCAUCACUGAAACAAAUAUACCUUACCUAAGCCACAAAAAAGAAGAAACAGAGAUGAGUGUAGCCUAUAGUCUGACAAUGGAUUCCCCAAUAACCUUAAAGUUUAAAUCAAUCCAUGAUGGAAUCACAACUUUUGAUGUUUUUUCAUCAAUUCUUGUAAAUAUGCAGAAUGGUGAGCUAGAACUGAUAUAUCAAGGAGAUUUUCCUUUGCAUUCCGGAAAAAUUGAUGCAAAACUCAUCAUAAGAUCGGACUUUGAAACCAAACUGGAAGUUGCUGGCAAAUUGAAUUCUAAAAAUUUCAAAGUUAAAGCGACACAAGUCGGAGGAAAUGCUGAAGCUAUAUUCAAAAGUAAUAUUGAAAAUUUUGAAAACUUGCAAGGGAGAGCAAAAUGGAUAGUUGCUGAAGGUCCAACUAAAUUGUACGGUCUGGAUGCAAUUUUUAACUAUCAAGAGAAAAAAUACAUUGGUUUUAAAAUCAAGUUUGAUUCUAAACCAUGUAGUCAAUUUUUUAUAGAACUGGACAUUCCUGGAUACAUGAAAGAAAGUCUUGACAUACACUUAGACAGAAUGCCAGUUCUAAAAUAUGCAGUUACUGUGGCCUACAAGGGCUUUAAUGAAAUAGAAUUGUCUGCAAAUUUAGACCUAACUGACAUUAUACUGGAUAUACUUGUAGAAAACAAAACAGAGAGCAGAAAAUGGGCACUGAUUGUGCAAGGAGACAUCAAAAAUAAAAACCCUGUAAACAUUAUUUUUGAACUUAGCUUGGAAACUCCAUUCACAGAAAAGUUUUCAUCAAGGGUAGCAUUUGAUUUACAGAGUGCCAAGAAAAAUGUAGAAACCAGUUUUACCUAUGGUGACAUUCAUGCAUCAGUAGUAUCUUCAAUUCUGUGGUCUGUUCAAACUUCUAAUUUGAUUCUUGAAGCAAGCUGCCCAUCUCUUGGGUUAAACUCAUUUAGAAUUAUUGGCCAAAGAGACUCGUUGAAGACAAUGAAAUAUACUUUUGUUCUGAAUGACAGGGCUGUAGAGUUGGAGCUGAGAAAUCAUGUUAAGCCAGACAGUUUUGAUAUUGGGAUGCUUAUCAGUCUCCCAGUCCCAAGUUACAACAAACUAAGUUUCUUUGGAAAGGGAAACAUGCCUGCAGAGGGACCAAGAGAAGGAAAAUUUGAAUUGAUAAUAACAGAUGUAACCAUAUCAUUAGAUUAUAAAAGAAACAACAACAACUUUGAUAUAAUUCUUCUGACACCAUUAACAUUUGCAAAAAGGAUUUCACUUAAAACUGAAAUAGAGCACUGUCAAAAUUAUAACUUGGAGGCAUCCUGGGAUAAUCAUAAUAUUAAACUUCAGAAUGAAAUAGAUUGUUCAGAAUCUGAAGUAAAAGUUGAUUACAAAACUACAUUUGAAACUGUGAAAAACCUUGAGUUUCAAUUCAAGCUAGCUGAUAACCAUUUCAAUCUGAAUGGUAAGUUUUUGGGUUUUGGAAAUGAAAUUUUUCUGAUUGCAAAAAGUACAGAGAUUGAGAAUGGUCAAAAAAUAUUUGUCAACCUAUCAGCAGACAAUUUUACAUUUACAGAGACUACAACUUAUAUUCAAACAUCAACUGAGAAAUCAAUCCAUUAUGAGGUAGUUAUCAACUCAACUGUUGAAUUGUUGCUAAAUAUCAAACUUCUUAACAGAGCUGAUGGCGUGGAUCUAAAUAUUAAUUUUUCAAGUCCUUUUCCAGAGAUCAAAGAAGUUCAGAUAACCUUGACAUUUGUGAACAGUGAGACAGAUAGAAGUGGAGCUCUUUUCAUAUCCCUCAAUGAAAAAUCAAUUAACAUCAAGAUUGGUUCAUCCCAAGGUCACAUUUUCUUUGAUGUUAAGUCACCCUUGGAAAAUUUUGAAACUGUGAAAAUGGAUUGCAAUUAUCAAAAUGGAAAUCUUAAGGUUAUGACUGUUUUUAACAAGAUGAGCUUUAGUGCUGACUUUAAAAGGAAGGAAACCAUCUAUAACUUUGAUAUUGAAACAAAGUCCUCUGAUAAUGUUAUUAAGUUUAAUGGAAAAAUAGAUAUUGCUGGCAAAGCUUUACAAACUGUGAUUCAAUGGAAUGCAGAGAAACUCAGCAUGAAAGCAAACUACAAUGGGAAGAAUAUUACAAUAUCUCUAAAAUCUCCAUUUGAGAACUUUAAAAACAUAAUAUUCAAGGGAACUUGGCAAGAAAUUCCCAAUGGGUUCACUGUACAAGCUACAGGUGACAUUAACUCUGUGUCCCAUACCUUUGAAGCAAAGUUUACAAGAGAUGAAAAACAAACAUUUGGCUUUUGGAAGGCUCAAAGAGGAACUGAUGAAGUGAAAUUUGAGUUAGAUGUUAAACGACCUGACAAUGGGAUGGAUAUAUCUGUGAAAGUAGAAAUUCCAAAUCUUCAAAGAAUUCAGGUUAUCACUGGUUUUAAAUUUAGUGACCUGAUUUUGGAAGGAAAAUUUAAUAUUAACUCUCCUUUCAAAGAAAUUGUUCCUGACUUUGACAUUUAUUUUAAAAAAGAGUUCAUGAGUUCUUCCAAUAUGUCUUUAGAAGCAAGAGUUCAGGCCCCACAGAAAAUAUUUGGAAUGGAGUCAACUUUUCGCAUUGAGCAAAUUGAUGAAUAUAACAUAAUCCUUUUGAAUGCUGCUCUUGAUAUCCCAGUGAUUUCUAAGGAUUUCACCAUAGAAUGUAUAUUUAAACCAGAAAGCCUUCAAGAUUUUGAGUUUUCAUCAAAUUUCAUGGUCAAUAAAGAAAACUAUGGUGGUGGACUUAGCUACAAACAAGAAGACCAUAGUUUGGAUGUUAAACUUGACAUUAUUUGUCCAGGGUUUGAACGAACAUUCAAGUUUGGUGGAGAAUUUAGACAACCAACCCCGGAAGGAGAAUUAAAAUUGUACUUUAAUGAUGCUAAAUGGGAAAACACAUUUGAUGUUGAGAAUGGAAAGUUUAAAGCAAAUUCCAAAAUAAACAUUGACCAGUUUAUCCAUACUACACUAGGAAACUUUUUUGAGUUUGAUUUAUCAAGUGGAGAAACAGUAAAGAUUAAUGUGGAGUAUGAAAGCAAGAAAUCUGUUUCAUUUAAUCUUGACAUUCAAGGUCAAGGUACAGCUGGAGUUACCUUUUCUGUUGAUAAUGGAAAAGUUCUUGGUUCUGUGGAUGUUGAUUUCUCAAGUUUUGGAAUUUUUAAGUCUGCUGAGUUUGUCUGGAAAACAGGUUCAUCAGGAGCUUUUGAAAUUUCAAUUGUUGAUAGGUUGUCUACAUUUAAGAUGCAAAUGGGAGAUAAAUCUGAAGCAAAACGAAGAGUAGCUAGGGCAGCCAUAUAUUCUCCUUUAUUUGGUAAACUUGAGUUUGGAACUGGUUCUGAUUAUAAUCAAGGAGUUCUGAUGAUAUCAACUUCCCAUGGUCUUCACAAGGUAUCUUACGAUGUUAAGGAAAGAAAUAGUUAUGAUGUAACUGUUCACCUUGAGAGUCCUUUCCUGGAGAAUGGAUCAGCCACAACUAGGUUUACUAUAGAUACAACUGCAGAUACUUACAGAGGUAGAAUAUCACUGAACAAUGAUCACUUUCUCUCAGGAUUUGUGGAUAUUUCAGAAAAUGGUAUAGAGGUUAAAUUAGAUUUGGAAACACCAUAUCUUCCCAAACCGCACAAGUUCUCUGUUGGUGGAACCUGUCUGAAAAAGGGUGAUGAAUACAAGAUGAAUCUAGAUGUUGUUUACAUUACUAAGCAUGUAGCAUCUUUAGUUCUGGUCAACAGUGAACUAAAUAAAUCUUUUCAUAUUAAGACUCAUUCUGCUCUAAUCCCUACUGGAGAUAUUGAGUUUAAAGUUUACUUUAAUCCUGUGCCCAUGAGCUAUGAAGGUGGAAUUAAACUUCUGUAUGGAGACAAUAUAUGUAGCUUGUCAUUCUCUACAACAUUUUUUACAGUAAAUAAUUUUGAAAUCAAGUCAUAUUUCAACUUUACAGCCUUCAAGAUCAGAGAUGGCAAAUUUAAUAUUUGUGUACAUGUCAACCAAGAGGAAAAAUUGAAGACAAGUUUUGAAAUAAACUCAAAGAAGUAUGAACUACAAGUUACUGCUUUAAAGGAUGAAAUUUUGUCUACAAAAGUUGCUCUUUCCUCUCCUCUCAAGGGCUUUGAAUAUUGUGAAAUUCAUUUGAAAACAGCAAAAACACUAUUGACAAAUUUAAAAGAAGCUUUUGUUAUAAUAUCUAUCUUCACUUCUAAAGGAGAGAGUUUUGGCUCAGUAUCUUGGAAAAUUAGCAAUGAAGAAAUUGAUUUUCUAGCCAAACUUGAUAUGCCUCAUGGUAUAAACUACUACCAUAACUUCAAGCUGGUAAAAAAAGACAAAAGCAUUAUUUACACAGCUUUAAGUCCAAUCAUUGGUCCUGUCAAGUUCAAUAUUUACAGCACAGUUGCAAACCAGGAUGAUCUCAUGGAUGAACGGAUCACCUGGAAUCUUGAUAUACUCAAUCUUAAGUAUAGAGGAAAUAUUGAUUUUAGACUGACCGAUGGAUAUGAAUUGAAUCUGAAUGUUGAAACUCCACAUCAGGGAUAUAAAAAACAAAAAUUGACUCUAGGAUUUGGCAACACUGUCACAAGAAAAACUCUUAAAGCUAGCAUUGAAAGUUUAACUUUUGGUACAGGAAUUGAAAUGGAUUACAAGUUUGAAGAGCUGAAAAACUUUAUAGUGCUAUUCAAGGUAGAUUUCCCUUUGCCUGGCUGGUCAGAUUUUUCAGUAGACAUCGCAAAUCAAAUAUUUGAUGAGUUCUUCAAUAUUAGAUUUGGUGGAAGCUUUGAAGAGAAAAAAGCACUAUUUUCAGUCUUUAAAAGUUUAAAUCUGGGGAAAGCUGAGCUUAUAAUCAAUAAACACAAUUUAGAAAGUAUAUACAACCACAUUGGAACAAACUCAUCCACAUCUAGAAAAACUCUGGACACAACAAUAAACAUUGGAAAUUUGAAUGCAGAAAAAAUAUUUUUACUGGAGUCAUCUGAAAAGGGGAAUUCUGUAAAUCUGGAAGUGAUAGUUGGUGGGUCAACAAAAUGUAAAAUUAGCAAAAGUUUAGAAGACAACAAAUUCACAAUUCUUCUGGAUGAUGUGUUCAGUCCAAUGAAAUUUGCUGGAACCAUGACUUAUGACAUCAACAAUUCUUUUGGAUUUUCAAGAUCUUCGGUUGGAACCUUGGGCCUUGAAUCAGAAAUAAUUCUAGACAAAUCCAAAAGUAAAACAUCAAAGGUUAUUUUCAAUUGGAUAUUCAGAAAGGCAACAUCAGGCGGAAACCUUAUCAUAACUGUAAAACCAUUGAACAAAGAUUCAUUCACUUUCAGAUUACUAUCAGAAAACUUUGGGCACCAAAGUUCCUAUGCAAUUCAGUUACAGAAAUCCCAAGAAACCAUCUUAUUAUUGAACAGGUUAGGAAUCCAGCUAAUUUCACCAACAAAUAAGAAAUAUGAAGAUAAAUUAAUACUGUUUACUCCAUACUACCACUUCAAAUGUUCAGCAAAACAUGAAAAAGAAUCCCAAUUUCAUCUAAGUGAAGGAUCAGUUGCUUACGGAAUCCCAGGGGAGCAGGAGAGAGGUAUUGGAUACAGCAUAUCUACUAUUCAAAAAGAAGGAGAAGAUUAUGAAAGUAAGAUUGUGAUCAGAAAACCAAAUCAUGUUCUGAAGAAUACAGAGCAACUUGCAAUCAUCAGAAGCUUUAUUGACAGCAAGCACAUACUUCAGAUAGAUUUAGAAAAUGAUGAUCCUCUCAAGAAUCUGAACUUUAAGGUUGAAGGAAACUUUGAGAAUGGACCACAAAGAGCAAAUGUUCUUGCAAACAUCAACUAUGCUCAUGGGAGCUCUGACAAGAAUGAGUUUGAUAUUUCUUUGAACUUGGACAAGGUUAAUAAAAUCGGAAGAUUUGAGAUUACAACCCCAGAAAAUGAAGUUGAACUUGAGGGAAAGUGGAAAACUAAGCAGGGAAUGCAUACAAGCAGCCUCACUUUGUAUUCAAACAGAAUGAAAAAAUUUUCCAUGUCCCAAGAUUACAACAAUCAAAGAGGAAAUGCAAAUAUCAACAUGCUUAUGCCAGGAGAUACUACUGUUACACUCUUUGCUGGGUUAGAAUCCAGUUCAAAUGCUGCUUUCAGGAUAGCUCACAGCUACCUUGGAGGUGAUCAAGAGGAUGUCAAUGUAAACAUUAAUCUGAUUGGAGGUCAACAAAUGGCCACAACUGUAGUUUGGAGAAAAGAGAUGAUGAAAGAAUUGAAAUCUUAUGCCAAAUGGGCAGUAGACAGCUUCGAGACAGCUCCAAUCAGUUUGCAGAUUGAUGUUACACAGAUCCUUGAGGUAUUUGAAGUCUUCAGCAAAUCGGUAUUGAAUGAUGUUCUUCAGACCCAGUUAAAAAUAAACUGUGAUCAGAUCAGAUUUGACUUGACAAGUCAUGUAAACAGUAUGGACACCUUCCUCACAGGAAGACCUAACAUCAACUCUAACUUACUCACAUACAUCAUCAAUAGUGUUCAGAAUGGUAUUGAUGUUAGUAUUAACUGUUUGAAGACAUUCCUUGGACUUCAUGGCAAGAUUGUGACUUUAGCUGAGAAUUUCCACAGCCAAUUGUUUAUCAAUCUCAAGAAAUUUUCUGAAGAAAUGAAAAUAAAGAUUAGGGGACUGAAAGAUCUGCUCAUGAGAAAUUUGAAAUCUAUUGAUAAUGUUAUAGAACAUAUUAUGCAGCAUGCUGAAAAGUGUUUCAUAAUUGUAAAGGGUUACCUUGACAGUUUUUUGGAAAGAUAUGACACAUUUCUCAGAAAAUACUCAGGAGGAUCAAGUAAGGCAUUUUUCCAGUUUGUGAUUAGGGUUCAAAGAGAUGUUCUGGAAUAUUUAGAGGCAUUUAGAAAGUAUAUGGACAACUUUCAGAAAGUGAAGGAAAUUGCAGAUAUAUACAAGGAUUUGGCAAAUUGGCUUGAGUAUGUCAACUUUAAUCAACAUCUGCAUGAGACUGCUGAGAAAUUAUCCAGGUUCUUAGAUGAAAGCACAAGAGCACUGGACAGAGUAAAGGAAAUUGUAUCCAGAUGGAUACAAAACGCAAAGACGCUGUCAGAAAAAUCUUACGAAAUUGCGAUGCAAUAUCCACCUUUUGCCUACUUUGUAACUGUUACCACUAACUGGUAUAACUUGGGUAAAGAUGUUAUGCUCCACUUUCUUCAAGAUUAUCAUGUUAGAAAACUACUGGAUUCAGUGUUAACACAGGCUAAUAUUUAUACUGCAACAGCAUUCAGACUGGUUGAUCUCAUGGCAAACAAGAGAGAUCUGUUUACCUACAGUUUAGUCUAUGAACCGGAGAGAGGAUAUAUAAAGCAUGCACAAACACUUCCAAUUGAAUGGUUUGAGUUUAAUGAGGUCCCAAAGUUCCUUGAAAUGUUUUCAUCAUCAAAGAAAUCACCAGAUUUUGACAUUACAGAUUUUUACCUAGGUAUGAAUGAUGCCGUAAGAUCUUUUUCUGCAAUGGUGGCAACUCAGACCUUUUUACCCCCAUUUCUAGCUACUGCAACCCUUAUUGGAGAUAAUCAUUUGGUCACAUUUGAUGGGAAGUUGUAUGAUUUUGCAGGGAAUUGCAGCUAUCUACUGACUAGUGACUUUGGUCACAAUAGGUUUUCCAUUAUUGCAAACUAUAAGAAACAAGUCCGGAUGUCACUAACUAUUCUGGUUGAUAAUACAACUAUAGAAAUGUUUCGGGACGGAAGAGUUUUCAUCAACAAGACAAGAACUGAGCUCCCUCGUAUCAUGGAGAAUACAUACAUUAAGCAGGAGGGAAGCAGAGUUAUCUUAACCAACAAGCAAGGUUUCUUCAUCAACUGUAACAACGUUCAGAACAUUUGUAAAAUUAAGCUGAGUGGUUGGUACUUCGGAAGAACUGGAGGUCUGUUAGGAGUAUACGAUAAUGAACCUAGUAAUGAUUGGAUGCUUUCUACAAGACACCAUACUACUGACCUACGCACCUUUGUUGAAAGCUGGAAUUUAGAAGAGGAAUGUCAGGCUGACUAUGUCCCAGUAGAGGAAUCUUUAAACUCAUGGGAUAGAGAAAAGUGUGCCAACCUGUUUUUGAAUGAAGACAGCAGUCUUAGACCUUGCUUUGGUAUUGUCAACCCAACACCAUACUAUGGUUUAUGCCUGAAAGAGAUGGAGAUGAUCAAAAAUAAGGUAGAGAGAACCCGAGGCUUUUGUUUGGCUAGCGCCGCCUAUGUUGAGAGCUGCAAAAUGAACAAGGUUGAUAUAGGACAUCCUUUAGAUUGUGUGAACUGUGAGACUCCCUUAAGCUCUGAUAUAGGAGGUGGACAUAAUAUCAGAUACACAAAUACGGUCAAAAAAAGUGCCGAUGUUAUAUUUAUUGUGGAACAGAAAAAGUGUGCAGAAACUUUGAAACUUAAAUCCCUGGUUGCCCUGAUAGAAUCAUCUUUAGUAGAGGAUCUAAUAAAAGAUAACAAGUAUGCUCUGGUAGGAUAUGGAGGAUACAAUGAGCUAUCCAGUCCUCAUGUGUUUACAGCUGGGAGUCAAGUAUACAGUGAUGCUAUUGGUAUUCAGACAGCAUUUGAUGGGUUGAAUUUUAUUGGCGAGGAGGGAAAUGCAUUUGAUGCAAUAAAGUAUGCUGCCAGACUGACUGUCAGGUCAAGUGUAUCCAAGAUCAUGGUUCUAGUUAACUGUGAAACUAUCUAUGACAAGCGUAUAUUCGCUGAUACAUCGAUUAUGCUAAAAGAACAAGAUAUCACUCUUCACUAUUUGGCCCCAACAAGCUUUCGUCUCAAGAAUAAAGCCAUGCAUGAUAUAUUUGGGUUUGACAAGAACUAUGUGUACACCAGCUCCAGUUUAAGCACUAGAACAGGAGAUUCAGCUCUCCGAACCCAUCUGAAAACUCCUAAAGAUUACAUAUCCGCUCUCUCUUUAAACUCUGGAGGGUUGAUAUUCUCCCAAUCCAACCUGCUGGUCAGCUCAAGCACGGAGAAGCAAGCAGCAACAAUACUGGGUCGGCAGAUUGCUAGAACAGGAGCUCCUUCAACCUGUCAGCUGUGUGACUGUAUGGUGGAUGACGAAGGAGCUGGAAAAGUCCUGUGUCAGAAAUGUAUCGACUCAAGUUUUGAUAUUCUAGCGUAUCAAUGGAACAAGUUCGGAUCCAGCCAUGCAUAAAACUGUUUUUGAAAUGAAAAAUAAAUUAUUUUAUCUACAGUGGA